AUGUCUCGAAUCAUUUCAUUGUUGGCCGGGGUUGCAGCACUUGCCCUCGCCGCGGAGCUUCAGCAAAUCACCUCUUUUGGGCCCAACCCUACCAAUGUCUCCUUCUACCUCUACGUCCCUGACUCCUUUCGGCCCUCAGAUCCUCUUCUGGUCUAUCCCCAUUGGUGCCACGGAACGGCCCAGGAUGCUUUUGCCGCGAAACCAUGGCGUCCGCUAGCCGAUGAAUUGGGUUUCAUCACCAUCUACCCAUCCAUGAUCCGGUGGACUCUAUCCAAUUACGACGUCGACAAAGACCGCGUCUUCGUCACAGGCAUUAGCUCUGGCGCAAUGAUGACCAAUUUCUUGAUCGGCUCGUAUCCAGAGCUGUUUGCCGCCGGGUCUGCCUUCGCUGGCGUCCCUUUUGGUUGCUACGCUGGUGACGGGUUUGCCGUAUGGAAUAGCGAUUGCGCAACUGGUCAGAUUGACCGAACCGGCAAAGAAUGGGCGGAGCUUGUACAUGAAGCAUACCCAAAGUACAAGGGGCCACGGCCCAAGAUGCAGGUCCUUCACGGAAGUGUUGACAAUAUCGUCAACGUUACGAACUACUACAACGAGAUCAAACUCUGGACCACCAUUCUGCAUACAGGGCUCAAACCAACGCGGAUUGAGGAGAACAACCCGCAAACUCAUUGGACAAGAUAUAUUUAUGGCCGCAAGGGCCUUUUCGAGAGUUUUCUAGCAGACGGGGUAGAUCACGAUAUCCCAAACCAAGCCAGCGAGGUCGUCAGAUUCUUUGAGCUUGAUUGUACCGGAAAAUCUUAUUUCUCAAGGAAAUCUCUCCAGUUCCCCGCAAAUAUGUUUAGUGAGGGUUGA